AUUUGAAUAAAAAUAAUUAAUGAUUUCUAACGUGAAAUGAUAUCAAUGGUAUGAUGCAAAUAUGAUUAAGAUUAGAGAUAAAAUUUGACUGAUUAACCUGGGCGUUGAUGCACAGUAUUCGCCAGGUAUUUUGAUGGUAGAGGUUAGAGGUCAUCAGUGUCGAUAAUUGAAGGGAUGUCAAUAUCAAUAUGGCGAAACAGGACAGGGUUUCAAAUGACAUACCAACUUCGGGAUCAGAUCUUCAAGAAAAAAUAAUAUAUUUAUUCAUUGAUGAAACCAUUCAAAGGUGUUGUCGAUCUCUGAAGACAUUUAUAAGAGGAUUAUGUGUUGAGUGUACCAUUAUAGCACUGACAGUUGUUGACAUAUUUUUCAUAACAGUAGAAUUAUUGAUCAGAGCAGAAGUUUUGCAAGAUCCUUCUGAAAGCAAGCCAAUAGAUUAUCUUAGUAGUCAAAGUUCUAACACAACAGCGCAGAAUGAUAUUGAUCCAGGAGGAGGUUGUCGUACAUGUAAUUUUGAUACGUCUCUUGGGGCUGCAUACUGUGUCUCACAUUACAUAAGUUUAGUUAUAGCUAUGAUCUUCUUUAUAGAGUUAUUAUUCCGAUUUGUAACCGGCUGUUCAAAAAUGUGUAAAGAUGUAAUACAGCUGAUAGACAGUUUUACAGUAUUUAACCUUGCUGCUAUUGAGGUGCUGUUCACAAUAUUUUGGGAGAAAACUUUGUGCUUUCAUAUAGCUAUAGAAGCCAUUACUUUUAUAGUAGCACUAAGGUUGUUGCGAAUACCAAAAGCCUGCAAUGUAUUAAAAGAAGAUUAUUCUGAAAAGAUGGAUUUGGAAGUGCAUUAUUUAAGCAAGGCCAAAUCUAAAGCAGAAGAACGUUCAAGAGAGCUUGCUAAUACAGUACAGAAGCAACAGACUGAAAUAGAGACACUGCGGAAACAGUUAGGGUCAGGAUCUCUGUAUGAAAAUGAUAUUAUAGUACACACACGAGGGACAGAUGAUCUAGACUCCUCCACUAUAAGUAAUGGUCAUGUUCCUAGUGAAGCAUCAGUGACCCAUAGUGGACACAGUGGACUAUCUCCUAAAUUUGUUUCAACCAUCAAAACUGACAGUCAUAUUGUUUCUAUGACAACCCCACCUGUUCCAAAUCGUGAAAGUAAAGACAGCAAUGUAUCUUAUGCAGUCAUAGAAAAUAACUCAAACAGGCAAAGAAGGCAUGAAUCCGGUGAAAAUAAAGCAAUUUAUAAAAAUGUUUGUCAUGUUAAAAGUCCUUCACAAGAAGUUAAACGGACAAGUAGUGAGGUUGGCUCAAGGAUUACUUUCGAAAGUGAUAUCGACACUAAAAACCUUAUUCAUAGAUCUAAAAGUACAAAAAGUUCAAAAGGAGAGGCCAUUAGAAGGGCUAUUGCAAUGCUAGAAAAUAACAAAUCACCAAUUGAGACAAACCCAGGUGGACCAAGCGUGUCUCGCACUCCAUCAAAUAAACUCAGUGAUCUAGACAAUACAAAACUACAAGAAAAUGAUUCCGGCUGUGUGAAUGGUUCAUUCGAGAGUGAUGAAGAAGUGGUGAAGAGAAAUCUCCCAGUGAUGGCAGAAUACCAGGGAACCCGAACAUACAGAAGUGCUGAGGGUGUUCCAUUGACAGAUCUGUAGUUAAAAAAUGAUAAAGGAGUAUGGAAUUUACAUAUGGACAGAUAGAUAGCUGUACACAUACUCUACAACAUCUUUCAUCACCGGUCUUUCCUUUCAUUUAUUGAAUGUUUUAUCCAUUGACUUUUUCGUAUUGCUCUUUUUUUAAUUGUUUCUUUUAAUGAAACGUCCAAGCUGUUUUAAAUGUUGCAUUUUAUAAUGCACAAGAAUAACAAUGUCAUUAUGUGACUAAAUGUCAAAAUUAACAUAUACUAAGUCUGAUAGUGAAAUGUGAUGGUCUUUUCAGUUUGAACAGUGAUAUGGAUACAAUAUUCCAAUACAUCUCGCAGCAAUCUUGUCGUUUGAAACUUAAUAAGACAUAGCAUGUGCAUUUCAAUCAUUCAUACUAUAAAUUGUAUUAUCAUUGUUAUAUUUUUCAUUUUCAAUGCAUUUAUUUUUUAUAACAAAGCAUAAUUCUACUGCUUUAAAUAUUAUAUAAUUGAUUUAAAUGUGUUAUAGAUAAAUAAUCAAACGACCUCGAGAAUUCCAAUAUGAAUAUUUUAUUAACAUGACAUAUAUUGAUAUACAAUUAAUAUUUUUUUAUUUACAUAUAUCACCCUCCCCUCAAAUCAAGCUUAAUUCUAUCAUUCAUGCAGUCAAUUAAACUAUUGUAUUCAAAAUCAAUUUCUGGAUAACUAACGAGAAAGCCUUCUAAAUGGUUAAAAAAUAUUUUAAGUUUCAGGUCUUUAUAAUUAAAAUACAAAGUAAGGAACAUAGGUAUACUUCUACUGCUGCUGUUUUCUAGCAACGCCCUGGUCUGUCUCAACUGGCAAUAGUCCUUUGUUUUAUUAUAUUUUAUUGUUGAAAUUAUUGUUAAAAAAUGUUUUAUUAUAAGUAAGUUAUAAUAGUAAGUAUCUUAGAUUUUAUAUAUAAAAAUUUGAAGAAAUGU